AAUGAAAAACCCAAAAUCACUGGGGGCAGCAGCAGCAUUCGGAUAAACCUUCGAAAGUCUUCUGCUCAUUCAUGGCCAUCCUCUCUCUCUCUUUCCCUCUCAUCAUCUCCUCCUUCCUCCGUCCUCACGCCUCUCCUCGCUUCCUCCACCUCCCUCGCUACCUUCCUCGAUCCCCUUACCGCCGAUUUCACCGCACCGCCGUCUCCUCCAAUGUUCAUCAUCAUACUUCCCAUCGCAAGCCCGAUGGUGAUAGUCACAGCAACUCCGUCUCUAUCCCUACAUUCCAACAAGCAAUUCAACGCCUCCAGGAGUAUUGGGCUUCUGUUGGAUGCGCCGUUAUGCAGCCCAGCAACACCGAGGUUGGAGCUGGCACUAUGAAUCCUUCCACGUUUUUGAGGGUUCUUGGCCCUGAGCCAUGGAAUGUUGCCUACGUGGAGCCUAGCAUACGUCCUGACGAUAGUCGAUAUGGAGAGAAUCCCAAUAGGCUUCAAAGGCACACUCAGUUUCAGGUCAUCUUGAAACCUGAUCCUGGGAACUCUCAAGACCUCUUCAUCAACAGUCUCUCUGCUUUAGGUAUUGAUGUGACUCAACACGAUAUACGGUUUGUUGAAGACAACUGGGAGAGCCCGGUACUUGGUGCUUGGGGGUUGGGAUGGGAGAUUUGGAUGGAUGGUAUGGAAAUUACACAAUUUACUUACUUUCAGCAGGCUGGAAGCCUUCAGCUGUCUCCAGUAUCUGUUGAAAUAACUUAUGGGCUUGAGCGCAUCCUCAUGUUGCUUCAGGAAGUUGACCAUUUCAAGAAGAUUUUAUAUGCUGAUGGAAUCACUUACGGGGAACUUUUCUUAGAAAAUGAGAAGGAAAUGAGCUCAUAUUAUCUUGAGCAUGCUAGCGUGGACCGUCUUCAAAAGCAUUUCGAUUCUUUUGACGAAGAAGCACGUUCCUUACUUGCCUUGGGCCUUCCAAUCCCUGCGUAUGAUCAGCUACUGAAGACAUCUCACGCUUUUAACAUCUUAGAUGCUAGAGGUUUCGUCGGUGUAACUGAACGUGCUCGUUAUUUUGGUCGAAUGCGCAGCUUGGCUCGCCAAUGUGCCCAACUGUGGUUAAAGACACGUGAAUCUCUUGGACAUCCUCUUGGUGUUGCCUCUGAACAUAUUCCUCCCAUCCACCACGGAGCAGCUUUGGAAAAUAUGGCUGAAAAGGUUCCUGAGGAUCCAAGAUCAUUUAUUAUUGAGAUAGGGACUGAAGAGAUGCCACCUCCAGAUGUUAUCAAUGCUAGCGAACAACUCAGGGUUUUAGUCGUACAAUUGUUAGAGAACCAAAGACUGCGGCAUGGCGUUGUGAAAGCAUUUGGCACACCUCGUAGGCUAGUGGUUCUAGUUGAUGCUAUGUCCCCUAAGCAGCUGGAAGAGGAGGUUGAAGUUCGAGGACCCCCUGCGUCUAAAGCGUUUGAUGAUCAAGGAAAUUCUACAAAGGCUGCAGAUGGUUUUAGCCGUAGAUAUGGCGUUCCGUUGGAAAAAUUGUACAGAAAAGUUGACGGAAAGACAGAAUAUGUUCACGCACGAGUUACACAGCCAGCUCGACUUGCGUUGGAGGUCCUGUCAGAAGAAUUACCAGGUAUACUGGCUAAAAUAUCGUUCCCAAAGUCAAUGCGCUGGAACUCGUCAGUAAUGUUUAGCAGGCCAGUUCGCUGGGUUAUGGCCUUACAUGGGGAUCUGGUUGUACCAUUCUGCUUUGCUGGCAACACAAGUGGAAAUGUUUCUUUUGGACUUCGCAACACUGCUUCAGCAACACUGUUGGUAGAUACUGCAGAGUCCUAUGAAGAUACUAUGAGGAAUGCUGGAAUCAAUAUUGAGAUUGAGGAAAGGAAGAAAAUCAUUCUUGACAAGUCGAAUGCAUUAGCAAAAAGUGUUAAUGGGCGAGUUGUUGUCCAGCAGAACUUACUUAAUGAGGUUGCAAAUCUCGUCGAAGCUCCUGUGCCAUUAAUUGGAAAGUUUAAGGAAUCAUUUUUAGAAUUACCAGAUGAGCUAUUAACUAUUGUUAUGCAGAAGCACCAGAAAUAUUUUUCCAUUACUGAUGAGAGUGGAAAGCUAUUGCCUUACUUUAUUGCUGUUGCUAAUGGUGCAAUUAAUGAGGAUGUGGUGAGGAAAGGAAAUGAAGCAGUUCUCAGGGCACGCUAUGAAGAUGCGAAGUUCUUCUAUGAGGUGGACACAAGGAAAAAGUUUUCUGAAUUUCGAGAUCAGCUUAAGGGAAUUCUUUUCCACGAAAAGCUGGGAACGAUGCUGGAUAAGAUGAACCGUCUAGAAAAGAUGGUAACUAAGCUUUGUUUGGCCCUCGAAAUUGAUGAAGAUCUGCUUCCGGUUGUGGGGGAGGCUGCCUCACUUGCUCUGUCAGACCUUGCAACUUCUGUGGUUACAGAAUUUACUGCCCUCUCAGGAAUAAUGGCUCGUCAUUAUGCUCUCCGAGAUGGCUAUUCAGAGCAGAUUGCAGAAGCUUUGCUGGAAAUUACACUUCCUAGAUUUUCCGGAGAUGUCAUCCCUAAAACAGAUGCAGGAAUGGUUUUGGCAAUAGGUGAUAGAUUGGAUAGCCUCGUUGGUCUAUUUGCUGCUGGUUGCCAGCCAAGUUCAACAAAUGACCCAUUUGGCCUUAGAAGAAUAUCUUAUGGCUUAGUUCAGAUUUUGGUUGAGAAGGAUAAAAAUGUCAACUUUAAAGAUGCUCUAGAAAUUGCAGCCAGUGUACAACCAGUAAAGGUUGAGGCAAACACCCUAGACGAUGUGUAUCAAUUUGUUACUCGAAGACUGGAACAGCUUCUGGUUGACAACGGAGUAAGCCCUGAAGUAGUUAGGUCUGUCCUAGCAGAGCGUGGAAAUGAUCCUUGUCUGGCAGCACGAACUGCAUACAAGAUGGAAGAGCUGAGCAAAGGUGAGAUCUUUCCGAAGAUAGUGGAAGCAUAUUCACGUCCUACACGCAUUGUCCGUGGGAAAGAUGUCGAUGUCGGAGUUGAGGUGGAUGAGGGUGUAUUUGAGACUUCCCAAGAGAAAGAGCUGUGGAGCAUUUACACCUCCAUCAAAGAUCGAAUUCACAGUGGCAUAGGAAUCGAGGAGUUCACUGAGAUAUCGACGCAGUUGGUGGAGCCACUGGAGGAUUUCUUCAACAAUGUGUUUGUGAUGGUGGAGGAAGAAAGAGUGAGAAAGAACAGACUGGCUCUUCUAAAUAACAUUGCCAGUCUUCCCUCAGGAAUCGCUGACCUUUCAUUUUUGCCUGGUUUUUGAGGUUUUUUACUUGUAAUCUUUCUGUUGAGCGGACAAAAUACAAGUUCAAGCAUAGAGAGAAUCAAACAGCGUUGCAGACUGUUUAGCAAAACAAACAGGCAUGCAUUGGAGUAUUAUUUGUAUGAUUUAUUUGAUCGAAUCAACUCUUGUCGCAAGUUGGUUUAAUAAGAGAGACUAUACAAUUAGUUCAUUGA